AUGGAAUAUCCAUUGAAUGACAAACACUGCGUAGUGUGGCUGUUCUUUUUUGGUGGUGCAACGAGAACGAACAUACUAACGUCAAGCUGUUUUGGGGUCGUCGAAUACCUCUUAGCUCCUCGCUGGAGCCGUACGAGAACCCAGCGCCGAACCCCCGCCGAGGAGCAGAUCGGAGAUCGCUUCCACGGGUCGCUUCAGCUGCGAAGCAGCGAUCCACAGCGGAUCGUCAUUGACUACUCCUCGCCCAACAUCGCAAAGGAGAUGCAUGUGGGCCAUUUGCGCUCCACGAUUCUGGGCGACACCAUGGCCAACCUCUUCGAUUCCUUGGGCCACGAUGUGGUUCGCCUGAAUCAUGUGGGAGAUUGGGGAACUCAGUUUGGAAUGCUGCUGGAGUACAUGCGCCGCAAGGAGCGCCAACCAACGAAGGCCUUUGAUGAAGACGAAGACUUUCGAAAGUCAGCGCAGAGCAACGUGGUGGAGUUGCAAGGCGGCUCCACUUGGGCGCGCGAGGCCUGGAGCCGCAUUUGCCAAGCCAGCCGCAAGGAGCGAGGCGAGUCGUUCUACAACGAGAUGCUCCCUGAAGUGGUGGAAGACUUGAAAAGGAAAGACCUGGUCACUGAGAGUGACGGAGCCCUGUGUGUCUUCACGGAUAUCUCCGAAACACCUCUCAUCAUUCAGAAAGCCGAUGGAGGCUUUGGCUAUGACUCCACGGACUGUGCGGCCGUGAGGCAACGAGUGCAGGAGAUGGUGGGUUUCUUGAAAUGGAUCGUUCCAAUUCCCGUGGAUGAGAAGGCGCAACGGGUGAUUUACGUCAUUGACAACGGUCAGGAGUGGAUCAAGGGGGGCAAGAUGGACUCUUGGCAACCUCCGAUCACGGCGCGAGCUGCAGAUGGGAAGAAGUUCAAGACUCGUUCGGGCGAUGUGGUCCGCCUGCGGGACCUCUUGGACGAGGCCGCCAUGCGCUCGGAGAAGGAGCUGCGGAAGCGGGCCGAGGCCGCGCAGCGGGAGCUGGACGAAGAGCAGGAGGACUGGGAUGGACUGGGGGACAGGUUCCUGCAAGCUUUGCCACGCUGGGAGCACUUGAAGCGAGAUGCGGAGAGCAUUGGCGUCGCGGCCGUGAAGUAUUUCGACCUCCGCCAGAAUCGGAAUUCCGACUAUAGGUUUUCCUACGACCAGAUGCUGGAUCCCAAGGGCAACACGGCGGUUUACGUCCUUUACGCCUAUGCGCGCAUUGCUGGGGUGCUGAGACGUGCCGAGUACGACGAGCGAGCGCUGGCUUUGAGGUUGCUGCGCUUGCCAGAGGUCCUGGCACAGCUGGAGGAGGACUUAUUGCCAAGCCGAUUGAUUGAGCCUUCGCAGCAGAGCUUGUGGCAAACGGAUCACAUCUACGGCUUGGCCACGGACUUCACGUCCUUCUACACCGAAUGCUUCGUCAUCGGCUCGGAGCAAGAGAAGAGUCGACUGCUCCUUUUGGAGGCCACGGGUCUGGCCCUGACCGGUCAAGCUGUUUGGGUCUCGGUCUUUGUCAGUGUCCUCAAUCUAACAGGUGGCUGA